AUGCUAUCAGAUGAACAAAUUAAUCAAUCCCCAUCUGUUCAAACUGAGUCUAGCAUUAAAAAUCUUUAUCUUUAUCAUAAAGAAUUGCUUUCUUUUGCAGAAUUGCUACGUGGAAAAUUUAAUUCUCUUGGCGGCAAGUUGCAAUCAUAUAGUUAUGAAACAACUCCUUCUCAUAUUAACCAAUGUCCCAAAGAAGAUGAAAAGUAUUUUUCUGAUAAACCAAAUAAAGAAAGUCGAGAAUUUUUAGAAAAUCUAGCAGAUAGCAUUAUAUGGUUUUUUAACAAAUAUUUUGCCGAAGAAAACAAAAGUUUUUUUGAUAAGAAAAUGGAG